CACUCGCUGGAGACCCUGCGCAGGCGCACAGCGGCCGGCGGGGCUACGGCGGUGCGGUCUCGCGCCACCUCCAACCCGAGGGCAGCACCUGUUGCCUCGGAGGAGCUGCCAGCGCCCUCCCUCCUCCUCCGCCGGGCGCGGGACCUCUAUUUAUAUCGCUCAGCGGGUACAGGCCCAUAUUGGGCAGUGCCAUCAGUCAGGCCGCCUGGCCACCCUAUGACCCGGGAGCGUCCAGGCCAGGUCGUGGAGCCAUCGCGGGGCCCCUGCGGAGCAAGUGGGGCUGCGCCCGGAACCAGGCGACACCUCCAAAUGUUUCCUGACAUCUCUGUAGCUUCGUGAGUAAUCAGACAUGCAAAUAGCCCCUCAGAAAUCAAGCUAAACUUAAAGAAGACUUAUUUGGAAACUUUGGAGAGUAGAUCAUGGAGUGCAAGAUGGAGGGAAAAGAAAAAUACCGACAUAGCUUGAAUUUACUGAAUCAAAUUAAGAACAUGAAAGAAUUAGCAGAAAUGAUUGAUGUGGUACUCAUAGCAGAAGAAGAGAAAUUUCCUUGCCACAGACUGGUCCUGGCUGCAUUUAGUCCUUAUUUCAAAGCUAUGUUCACCUGUGGACUACUUGAAUGUAAUCAAAGGGAAGUCAUACUUUAUGACAUCACAGCAGAAAGUGUGGCAGUGUUAUUAAAUUACAUGUACAAUGCAGCUUUGGAUAUCAAUAAUGCCAAUGUACAGACUGUAGCUAUGGCUGCCUAUUUUAUGCAGAUGGAAGAAGUCUUCAGUGUGUGUCAAAAAUAUAUGAUGGACCACAUGGAUGCUUCGAACUGUUUAGGUAUCUAUUAUUUUGCAAAGCAGAUUGGAGCUGAAGAUUUAUCUGAUCAAUCAAAGAAAUAUUUAUAUCAGCACUUUGCUGAGGUGAGCUUACAUGAAGAAAUACUAGAAAUUGAAGUGCACCAAUUUUUGACACUUAUUAAAUCAGAUGAUCUCAACAUAUCCAGAGAAGAGAGCAUUCUGGACUUAGUUCUGAGAUGGGUAAAUCAUAACAAAGAAUUGCGUACAGAGCAUCUUGUUGAGCUUUUGAAGCAAGUCAGAUUGGAACUUGUAAAUCCUUCUUUUUUAAGACAAGCCUUAAGAAGGAACACAAUGCUUCUGUGUGAUGCAGAUUGCGUUGACAUAAUUCAAAAUGCAUUCAAAGCCAUCAAGACACCCCAACAGCACUCUCUAAAUCUGCGCUAUGGCAUGGAGACUACCAGUCUUCUGCUUUGCAUUGGCAACAAUUCUUCAGGAAUCAGAUCAAGACAUAGGAGCUAUGGGGAUGCCAGUUUUUGUUAUGAUCCUAUAUCACGGAAAACCUAUUUCAUCUCAUCUCCCAAGUAUGGAGAGGGUUUAGGAACUGUGUGUACUGGUGUUGUCAUGGAAGAUAACACUAUAAUUGUGGCUGGAGAAGCAAGUGCCUCUAAACUCUCUAGACAAAAGAACAAGAAUGUCGAAAUUUAUAGGUAUCAUGAUAGAGGAAACCAGUUUUGGGAAAAGUUAUGUACAGCUGAAUUUCGAGAACUCUAUGCUCUGGGCAGUAUUCAUAAUGACCUCUAUGUUAUAGGAGGACAGAUGAAAAUUAAAAACCAGUAUCUUAUUACAAACUAUGUUGAUAAGUACUCUGUAGAACGGGACAAUUGGAAAAGGGUGUCUCCCCUUCCACUGCAAUUGGCAUGUCAUGCUGUAGUGACAGUGAAUAAUAAACUUUAUGUGAUUGGAGGCUGGACCCCUCAGAUGGAUCUUCCUGAUGAAGAACCUGAUCGAUUAAGCAACAAACUGUUGCAGUAUGACCCCAGCCAAGAUCAAUGGAGUGUGCGGGCACCCAUGAAGUACUCUAAGUACCGAUUCAGUACAGCUGUAGUCAACAGUGAGAUUUAUGUUCUGGGUGGCAUUGGCUGUGUAGGUCGAGACAAGGGCCAGGUCCGAAAAUGCCUUGACGUGGUGGAGAUCUACAACCCAGAUGGGGACUUUUGGCGAGAGGGCCCUCUCAUGCCAAGUCCCCUCCUCUCACUCCGCACCAAUUCCACCAAUGCAGGGGCAGUGGAUGGGAAACUCUAUGUCUGCGGGGGAUUCCAUGGAGCAGAUCGCCAUGAGGUUAUCUCCAAAGAAAUAUUGGAGCUCGACCCAUGGGAAAACCAGUGGAAUGUUGUAGCCAUCAAUGUCCUCAUGCAUGACAGCUAUGAUGUCUGCCUGGUGGCCAGGAUGAAUCCCCGAGACCUCAUCCCCCCACCUUCAGAUUUGGUGGAAGAAGACAAUGAGCACUGAGUGACCUUGCCGGAGGACCUCCCACUGUGUCUGCACACAAGGCCUUCAGAACGGAGGGGACCCACAGCAUCUCUGUCAUUGCAGACAUGUGCAUUGCAUGCGUAGUGGCCUGUGUGUGAAGAAGCAGUGUGUGCUUGGCACUGGGCAGGGAGCAUGGGGAGUCUCCCUUCAGGGACUUCCAGGUCUGAUAGGAUAAAUAAGACACUACAAGGUAGUGGUGAUGAUGGCCACAGGAGGGACACAGGGCAACAGGAGGGCAGAAGAUGGAGGGUCUCACUCUGCUGGGGAUUCAUGAACAGCAUUGCCAAAGAGCAGACCUUUUAUUGGUGGUACAGUCAAUGAUGAGCUGUACAGUCAUGGGUACAGUCAAUGAUCAGUUCAUGGAAACAGCCGAGCAAGGGCCCAGAGGUAGAAGGCUUGUGCCUGUCUCCAGCAUCCUGGCUGGGCCAGAUAGCCUGGGACACAGGGUUUGCUCCCAAGGCUGGAAAAGUAGGUUGUAGCUAAAUGACCAACCCCUGACAGAAUGAGGAGUUGGACCUGGUUUGUAAGCCAGGGAAUUGCCUUAAAACAGUGAUGUUAAGGGAGACUGCUCUCUGUGCUCUGUUCCAGCUUCAGUCUUAUAAACAUUGGCCAUUCUUCUUCAGAAUCCCCUUCUACUCAAGCAACAUCACCCAGCAGCAGGGCUAGCUAUGGCUACCAGCCCCUAACAGCCAAGGCACUCAAGCCAGACCACAGUGAGCAGAGAAUCCUGCCCUGGGUUGAGUCUGUCUGAGACAGGGAUGUGGGGUUCUGCAGCCUGGUCUACUCCAAGGCUGACAAGGAGUGUCCUGGACUAGGCUUGCCCAGGGUGCCUUUGCCCACCUCUCAGACACACAAGACCUUCUGCAGGGCAGUUCUGGCUGAACAGGACUGGCCCAAGCCACUCAAGCAGGCUCUAGCUGAGGAUAGGGAAAGCAGCAUCUCUUCCAGCUGCUGCCACCCCUGUGACCUGGCCUUUGCAGUAAAGAUGGAGCCAUCCACUUCAGCCCACAAUUGAGUACAAUCAAAAGACCGUCACUCCCGAAAUGUAUGUUAGAAAUGACAUUUAAAUGACACAUGGGAAGUCCGUCUAUCUUACUUCCUGUCUCAAAUUCUGGAAGCACAGUGGAUUCAAUGAGUGCAUCUGCAUAGCUGUUCUUCAGCAACAUCUCCUAAGAGUUUCACAUUGCACAAGGCUCUUUUGGAAGCAGGAGUGGUCAGUAAAUUCAGAGGGAGACAAACUGUAAGUAGAGACAGCUUUCUUUGGUGCUGAGCUAUGUGACUGUGAUGACUGCUAGCUUGUGUCCCCAGGUUCCAGCUGCCAACCAGGCAGGACAGGCAGGUCUUGCCAAAACUGGAGCCUAUUGGAAAUCUAUUUCUGCCACCAAGGAGAGAGACCAGGAGACCCAGUGUAGGUUGGCCCCAAGUAGGCUCGACUCUAGGAGGGUGGGGGCCUUGCCUUUCUCUUCGCACCUGCACCCUAAGUGCACACGCAGUACCUGGCAUGUGGAUGACCUUUGGGUAGCCGGCAUGGGGCAGUGUUUCUCAACCAGAGGGCCUGAUCCCUGAGCAUGUCCAGAAAUCUGAGUUAGUGAGCUUACUCUUUCCCCAGGAGAUGGUCAUGAUCUGUGCGUUCUUUUUCUUGCUGCAAAGAUGUUCCUCCAAGCUGCUGUGUUGGCUGUCGGUUCCAGGGUGGAGGGCAGCCUCCGCAGGGCCUCUACUUCCUGUAUUCCUCUUCACAGAGUCACUUUGCCUACUCUACCUGCUUGAACAGUCCAGAAAGCUGCUGUGUCUCCCUGGUUCAAGAAGGCCUUGUUGGCGUGGCAUGGCAUAUCUUCUAGAUGCUUUGGGUUCAAGAUCUGGGCUCCAGCACCAGCUCUGCUACUUAGCUAACCAUGUGAGCUCAGGCAAGAUGACCUUUCUAAAGCCUCGUUUUCCUCAUAUGCAGAGUGGGAAGGAAAAUAUUAAUACAUACUUUAUAGGGCUGAUGUGAGGAUUGAGUAAGUGCUGAGCAAAGUGCCUGUGAAAUCCUGAAAUAAUAAGCAUGCUUUAGCUGCCAUUAUUAUCAUCACAAUCAGCACUUCCCAAAGCAAGGUGCCCAAAACAGACCCAGUGCUUUAAUGCAGUCCCUUGGGAUUUUAGGGGCAGAUGUGCAUAUGGCUUGAGAUGGUUCUUAAUUUCCCAUACCUUGCUGCUUGGCUUCUCCAGUUGGCAGCUAAGAGUCAAGCAAGGGUUUACUCAGAUCUCAGGCCCCCGAUGCCCUGGAUGGACACAUGGCAGCUCAGCAGAGGCACCUGAGGGUCGCACUAGGUGAGACUAUCACCCACCUGUG